CCUUCCUCGCUUCUCUUCGAGCGAUCCCCAUCUCGAUCCAUCCAUCCUUCGAUGGCGGGGCUUUCUCUUCGCUGCGGGGACUGCGGAGCCCUCCUCAAGAGCGUGGAGGAGGCGCAGGAGCACGCGGAGCUCACCAAACACUCCAACUUCUCCGAAUCCACCGAAGCGGUCCUCAAUCUAGUUUGCGCCACCUGCGGCAAGCCCUGCCGGUCGAGAACUGAGACCGAUUUGCACACCAAGCGCACCGGACAUGCAGAUUUCGAUGACAGGACUUUGGAGGCUGCGAAGCCCAUCGAGUUGGAGGCCGCCCCGAAGGCUGCUGCGGCAUCGGGGGAGAGCGCCGGUGACGAGAGCAGCCAGCCUGAAGAGAUGGUUGUCCCAGAAGUUGACAGUGAUCUGCUUGGACAACUCGAAUCAAUGGGAUUUCCUACAGCCCGUGCAACUAGAGCACUUCACUAUUCUGGUAAUAGCAGUAUUGAGGCUGCAAUAAACUGGGUUGCAGAACAUGAAGAUGAUCCUGAUAUUGAUCAGAUGCCUUUGAUUCCCAAAGACAAAAUGACUGAAGCCAACAAACCUUCUUUGACUCCUGAGGAAAUAAAGAUGAAAGCGGAGGAGCUUCGAGAACGUGCUCGUAAGAAGAAAGAAGAAGAAGAAAGAAAAACGGAAAGAGAAAGGGAAAAGGAGAGAAUACGUAUUGGUAAAGAGCUCCUGGAAGCCAAACGUAUUGAGGAGGAAAAUGAAAGAAAAAGAAUUUUGGCAUUACGGAAAGCAGAGAAAGAGGAAGAACAAAGAGCAAGAGAAAAGAUCCGUCAGAAACUAGAGGAAGAUAAGGCAGAGAGAAGGCGGAAGCUUGGAUUGCCACCUGAAGACCCUGUGUCUUCAAAACCGAGCGCAGCUCCAGAGGAGCAAAAGAAGAGCUUUUUACCUGUCAAGCCUGCUACAAAGGCUGAGCGCAUGAGAGAUUGUUUGCGUUCCCUCAAACAACAUCACAAGGACGAGGAUGCUAAAGUCAAAAGAGCUUUUCAAACACUGCUCACAUACGUCGGCAAUGUGGCAAAAAAUCCAAAUGAGGAGAAAUUCAGAAAGAUCCGGCUAAAUAAUCCAACAUUUCAGGAUAGAGUAGGAGGUUUGCAUGGAGGGGUAGAAUUCCUCGAGCUAUGUGGAUUCGAAAAACUUGAAGAUGGCGAAUUUUUGUUUCUACCUAGAGACAAAGUGGACAUGGCGGUGCUGAAUUCCGCAGGAUCGGAGCUGAAUUCUGCUAUAGCAAAUCCCUUCUUUGGAGUUCUCUAAAUGGAACCAUUUUGCUUCAUGAUCCUAACUGGGGAGAGGGACCAAAAUGUAUAGAGGAACUGAGUGCACCACAUCACUGAAAUCUUUUCCUUGAGAGGAAAAUGAAGGAUCUGGCCAAACAGAGAACUUUCUUUUCAGAUUCCUUGCCUUUGUUCUGUUGUUGAUCUUGGAAGGACUGCUCAAAUUCAUGUUUGAAGAUUUAAGGAUUGACAAGAUGACUUUAUUACUUCCUGUUGAUUGAGCUUAUUCUAAAGCUUUGCUUUGGGACUA